CUUGGAACAACCCUGCGCCUGACAGUUUCGAAAUUCGAAAGGAGUUGAUCAAAAUCAAAAACAAAAUAAAUAAGUCCCAAAAACCACAAAUUUCGAAACAGUCAAUAGUAUUUUAACUUUGUCUAGUCAUAUUUAUCGCAUUAUUGGAAUGAAAAUGGUUCUUGUGCGUCCAGAGAAUACCCAGAACUCAAAUGCCAUUGAAGGUCAGCAUGCUGCUGUGAAAGUAAAAACACCAAAAAGGGUGUUGCAUUUUUGUGAUGGAACUUUAGAGGAAUAUAGUACAGAUGAGGAAGAUUACACACCCAAACAGGAUUCAGUAGUAGAUCCAGCAACUUUAACUUGGGGUCCUUGGCUUUCAUACAAGGCUUGGUCUGCUGGUUCUUCAACACUCUCUGUAAUGGAUACUGUUGGGGAAUUCAUGGCUUCAUUGUUUGGUAUCACCACACCUAGAUAUUAUUUCGAAUUAGAAGAAUAUAAAAGAAGAGAGGAAAUGAGGCUCAAACAACAGGAUGAGGAACAAGGAUGGUCCAAGCCAUCUUCAGCCUCAGUACCACUGAAAGACAUGAGUGGAAAAAAUAGACCAGUUGAUGUUUAACUUGGACAGGCUGAUGAAUCUGGCAUAUUUCUACCGUUGUGCAGAAGCGCUAUGAUGAGACAGCU